AUGAAUUCACAUCCAACAGUCAGAUUUAACAAUCCUCCAGCGACCGAGUAUUAUUCAAUGGAUGUAGAUGAUUCAACACAGUCCCGGACAUCAACAGAUGAUUUAUACCUUGGGCCAGAUGAUGACAUAGAAGAUGAUUCUGUGUCAUCCAGUGGUCCAGGCGUGUUGGCUGCAAUCCCCAAUCAAUUACCUCCAGUUCAAUACAAUCAACCAGUUCAGUACAUCAACCCGGACUUGUACCUUGAGCCUGAUGAGGAUCUGAUUGAUUGUGAUGAUGAGCCAGGGUCUAUCUAUGCACAUUUUUCAAUGUCAUCAAAUGAAAGACCCACUGAACACGAUCCAGCACAUCCGGAGCUCACAAAUGAAGAUUUGUAUGUGAUGGUUCAUGAGUUCCAGCCAAUAAGGUCAUUUGAACACUCCGGAUUGCAAUCACUUCAAGAUAGACUCAGCAGCUACAAACAAGAUAAUGGAGGUCUUCCGGUGCCUUCCAUACACUACUCAUCGAGGCUGAGCGACCAUUUCAAAUCACUUGGGUGGAUACAUCUGACAAGCUCCGGAGGGCUGAUGCUGAGCUACAGAGGCUGA